AUGAGCUUCAAGAACAUGCUCGGAAGAACCAUGCUGGCGGACUAUAGUAGGAGAAUAAAAAAUGCACCGCGCGAAGUGAUCCUCAGUCCUAGUCUGCUUUUCUCGUGUGCUAUGUACGCGACUGCAGCGAUCCCUUUGACGUGGGAUCAAGGAUCGGCAUCCACAUUACCAUCCCUGGAGGGCUUCCAGCAGCAGUUUGGUAUCAGCUCUACAGCGGGCGCCCACUCGACCAGAAACUUCGUCUCUCUUGUCUACAUCGGUGACGCAGCCGGUGCUGCUCUAUCAUUCUUCAUCAACGACCGAAUUGGACGCCUCUGGUCUUUCCGGUUAUACACCACAAUUUGGAUUAUUGGACAGCUAGUCGCGACUUUCAGUCCUAGACCAUCGGCACUGUACGCGUCGCGAAUAAUUUCUGGACUUGGAAUUGGAUCAUUGAGUGUCACGGGCUCUGUCUCCAUUGUUGAAUUGGCUCCACCAGAGAUACGUGGACUGUUGGCAGCAUGGUAUACCGUGUGCAUGACGUUGUCCCUAAUGCUCGCUACGUUCUGCGUGUAUGGUGUGCAGCUGCACAUUGCAGCGAGUCGAUUUCAGUACCAGGUCGUGAUGUUCUCUCCGUGUGUGUUUAUGUUACUGUGGAUACUCGCAAGUUUCUUCCUCUGCGAAUCGCCUCGCUGGCUAGUUCUCUCCAACCGAAACGGAGAAGCUGCGAAUACUCUUGUCCAAUUACGGCGAUUGCCGCUCGAUCACGAUCGGGUUCAGGAAGAACUCCGAAGCAUUAAAGAGUCUAUACAAUUGGAGACCGCAGCUCAUGACCCCAAUGAUAAAUCUCCCUCCAACAUUGUCAGCGUCGCAAAGGAGACAUUCACAGUCCCGUCAAAUUUACGCCGAGUUCAACAAGCCCUUAUCCUAUACGCAUUUCCACAAUUCUCAGGUGGCAACUCUAUCACCAACUAUUUUAUUCCUAUCUUGAAAAUUAUCGGAUUGACCGGCGACUCCUCCCGAAAUUUGUUCCUCAACGGAAUGUACACCAUGACGAAAUUCUUCUUCGGCUUGUCCGCAUCGUUUUUCUUCAUCGAUGCUUUAGGUCGUCGAAAUACGCUGUUCUUCGGCAUUACCCUUCAAAUGAUCUCCGACAUCUAUCUUGCCGCAUAUAUUAAAGUUCAACACCAUGGUUCUCCGUCUGAAGCUGCGGGCGAGGCGGCGCUUGCAUCGAUUUUCAUCCACUCUUUUGGAUAUACUAUCGGCCUUUUAACCCUCCCAUACGUCUUUGGCGGCGAGCUAUGGCCCAAUCGCAUUCGAUCCUUUGGUGCUGCGAUAACACAAACCUUUCAUUGGCUAUUCCACUACUCCAUGACUUUCGCUUUACCAUCUCUUCUUUCGCGAACGAAUAACUGGGGCGCCUUUAUAUUCUUUGCAGCUUGGUGCGCAGCAGCCCUUCUAUAUGUAUAUCUGCUCGUGCCAGAGAUCGCAGGUCUCAGUGUCGAAGAGAUUGAACGCGUUUUUAGCGGACCGUGGCGACUCUUCGGUAGGCAAUCUACAUUCCGGGAUACACCCUCUGUUAUUGAGGGCCAGGAUGUGAACCAUAAGUCUAACGACGAAACGAUUAAAUCCGCUCAGAAGUCUGUUGAGGAGCAGUCGCAUUCGUCGUCUCAUUAG